CGUAGCUUGUGGUAAUACAUGUAGUAGUUUAACGUUAACACGUGAUGCCACAUAUGGGCUUUUUGGACACAAGUGUUUACGCAACCAUUAUGUUUUCUAUGGUAUAAAUUGUUUUGUCUGUGUGUUUCGAAUUGAUUAAAGGAAACGUUUGGGGGAAAACGGUUUCUUUAUGUCAAAUUUUAAAGAAAAAACUUAAAGUCAUGCAGAAGAAUCAGCCCGUCGUGUUUUUGUCCCACGGGGCAGGACCUUCUUUUGUGGAUUAUAAGACGACCGACCGUUUUAAACAACUGGAUAAAAAUUCGAAAGCAGCAACUUUUUUGAGAAAUCUGGUGACGAACGCUCACAUUGAGAAGCCUGAAGCUAUUUUAGUGCUUAGUGCACACUGGGAAGAAAAGGUAGCGACGGUAAACGUCGCUGUCAACCAUUCACUGUAUUAUGACUAUGGGGGAUUUCCACCGGAGACGUAUAAGCUACAGUGGCCAGUAAAAGGGGCGCCGGGAGUUGCAGCUGAAGUGAAGUCGGUGCUUGAGGCCCGAGGAAUUCGGUGCGCAGAAGAGACUUCACGAGGCUUGGAUCACGGGGUGUUCGUGCCGCUGAAAUUGGCGUUCCCUGAGGCCGACAUACCAGUUACACAAUUAUCGCUGUUGAGCAAUAUGAACGUCGCGGACCACCUCGCUAUCGGGGAGGCACUAGGGGAGUUGGCCUCAAAGGGAGUCCUUAUCGUCGGCAGCGGAUUUGCAACCCAUGAGGGAGGUAACCUGGAUGAUCCUAUCCCACAGUGGGCUAUAAACUACCAGAAGUGGCUUCACGACGCCCUCUUCAGCGAGAAAUACUCCCGCGUUGAGCGCAAGGCGAAGUUCCUCGCCUGCGAGAUGGAAGAAACGGAAAUAAAUAAGGCCCAUAAUGAUCCGUCACUGGAACAUUUUCUGCCUAUUCUAAUGUGCAGCGCGGCCGCAGGGUAUAGACCCGGGCAGCUCUUGUAUUCAGAGUUCGUUAUUUCUUCAUUGUUGAAUGAACAUUACAUCUUUCCAACACAGUAAAUUCUUCUGUUGGUCAACGAUAGCUACAUAUAAGUGUGAACUAUAUGAAAAAAAAUUGCUCCCGGUAUCAAAAUUGAAUGUUUUGAUUGUCACACCGUAUGAGAUUCAUAAGGUAAAACCAUUUUGUCAUUAGCAGAAACAUCUCUUACCAAAACUUUCUCAUAUCAACAAACUCGUAUUGACAUUCACCCUUCUUUAUUGGCGUCGCACUGAAGUGCGGCGACUCGUAUGUAAUACUUUUUUUUUCGCUUAUGGGAGGAGAAGUUAUUUUACGGAUCAAUGUAUAUAUUUUUGUUGUCAGAAUAUCUUGCAUAGUGGUGAUUGUUUGAGUAAAUUAGUGUAAAUAAGUACUGCAUUUGUGCCUAUUGCAUUUACUACAACAUUUAUUGCCAAUAAUGCAAAGCUAAUUCUUUUAAUUAAUAACUGAUCACAGGGACUGGGCAAUAAUAAAAGAUCACAGGGACUGGGCAAAUACGCGAACCGGUGAGACUUUCUGGUUUUGUAUAAAAACAAAACAUAAUCAAAAUAUAGUUAUUUUGUGUUUUUUGUAACAAUAGCGCAGACUUUUGCUGUUCGAGUUUUGGUUAACGCGUAUUUUCUUCAAUUUUACAAGACGACAGCGAUUACAUGGUUUAUUGCUUUAUUGAUAACCGUUACACUACAGUCACUUAUUAAUAUCUUAGUUAGAAGGUGAUUUUUCAAGCGGUUCCGUAAUGUAGUGGUUACACGCUCGCUUCACAUGUGAGAGGCCCAAGGUUCGAGCCCCAGUAGAAUCAAAUUAUUUUAUUUGUGUUCUAUGUUAUCUUUUUGUUUUGAUGUAGACAUUUUAGUUUAAAUAAAUAUGCUGUUUUAUUGUAACCAUUUUUAGCUCAUUUAUUUUUUGAAAAAAAAAUAUUAUGAGCUAUUGUCAUCACCUUGGCGUCGGCGUCUGCGUCAGCGUCGGCGUCCGUUUAAGUUUUGUGUUUAGGUCCACUUUUCUCAUAUAGUAUCAAAGCUAUUGCAUUCAAACUUAAUACACUUACUUACUAUCAUAAGGGGACUGAGCAGGCAAAGUUAUGUAACUCUGACUGGCAUUUUGACAGAAUUAUGCCCCCUUUAUACUUAGAAAAUUGAAAUUUUCGUUAAGUUUUGUGUUUUGGUCCACUUUACUCCUAAAGUAUCAUAGCUAUUGCUUUCAGACUUGGAACACUCGCAAACUAUCAUAAGGGGACGUACAGGACAAGCUGCAUAACUCUGGUUGUCAUUUUGACGGAAUUAUGGCCCUUUUUUUACUUAGUAACUUUGAAUAUAUGGUUACAUUUUGUGUUUACAUUUUACUUCUAAAGUAUCAAGGCUAUUGCUUUCAAACUUCAAAUACUUUUAUACUAUCAUGAGGGUACUGUACCUGGCAAGUUGAAUUUUACCUUGACCUUUGAAUGACUCUCAAGGUCAAAUAAUUAAAUUUUGCUAAAAUUGCCAUGACUUCAUUAUUUAUGAUCAGAUUUGAUUGAUACUUUGACAAAACAACUCUUACCUGACAUACUACAAUAGACUCCACCCAAAUCAUCCCCCAUGCCCCCCCCCAGAAUCCAUUUUUCAUUUUUAUUUUUGUUUUUGAAAGAUCAUCAUAUAAAUGACCACACCCUCACACUAUAUCCUCCCCGACCCCCCCCCCCCCCAAAAAAAAAAAAUAAUACUUUUUUUUUGCAUUUGUAUUUCUUAUGUUUGGAAGAUAAUGUAAUGAAUGACCACACCCCCACACUAUACACCCCUCUCCACCCCACCCCUCCAUCUUUUUUAUUGAAGUAUUGAGAUAGGUUCCUUCACCUUUAAAAAGAAAAAUAGAAGAGCGGUCUGCACCCGCAAGGCGGUGCUCUUGUUUGUUUUUAUUAUGCCCAUGAAAUAUAUAUAUGAGAGGGUAGGGGGUCAUAAACACAUUAAAACUUUUACAGUGUUUUCAAAUCAAUGAGUACUCAACCCCUAUCGUAAAUGAGCAACGUAAGAAUAAGUUCAGAAUCAUCUCCCCUUGAAGUUGAGAAAAAAUAUGAAAUUACGCUUACAAGAUGAAGCAGAUUUUUUUAAACCAGUUCUGUUCCAUUAAUGAAAACUGCACACGGAUGCCAGUAAAAAAAGGAAACCAAUGUAAAUAAAAUGAACUAUGAAAUAUUUGGGGGUUACAACACAAAAUCAUAGAUAAUGGUUAUUUGGGGGUUAAAACACAUCAUAUAUAAUGGUUAUUUGUGGUCUAUAACACAAAAUCAUAGAUAAUGGUUAUACCAGCAUCUUUUUCUAUUUUGUUUAAAAUAAUCGACCAAUAUAUUAAUAUUUACAGUAGAAAAAAAUCGUUCCAUGUAACUUCAUUGAGUGCCUUUUACACUGUAAUUCCCGACGCCCUUUGAUGCUUUGCAUCAAUAGUUAUCUUGUGUAAUCUUCAAACAAGUUUAAAUAUGGUGUGUGUGUUUUUUUUGGUUAAAUAUAAUUUACUUUUUUCUCUUAUUCCGCAUACACAUUUGGGUGUUGCAUGGUUGCUGUUAGUAACUUUAAAUUUUCCACCCAUAUGACUAAAUCUCAUUUUGAUGUAGACAAUGUUUGUGAUCAUAAAUAAACGGUAUAAUUUGAUUGGACGAUCAAGCACAAACUUGUAUCAAAAUGU